AUGCUCUCUCUUUCUCGCCAGGCCCUCUGCACCUACAGAACAUAUGCCACCAAAUUCAUCCAGUCGUGCCCAAAACCCACAUACGACACGGGAUGCACACAUUGCCAAAUCCCGGAAUUUCCCCAGGACAAGCAAAUCAACUUCGAGCACAGCUUGAAUGGCACUAGCCCGAUACCGUGGAAACACGUGCUUGUGUUGCUGCAUGGUGUGGGCGAUUUUGCGGACAUGGCGUCGAAAAUCAAUCUCAUUCCUGGGUCCAUGGCCCAGGACUUUGAGAUCUUGAAACGCAACCAUCUAAGUGCCUUGCAUCCUGUCACGCUAUCAAACGCGCUGAUUUCCGGUGAGCCACAAGAUGCAACCAAACGUCACCGCGUCAGAAUUUACCCAGACAACGUCGAAGUGGAUUUCCUGCCACAUCACGUGCAGCAGUUCAUGGAGCACUAUCUCCUCCCCGAAGAAGCCCCGCAAGAAGUGUACAACCCGUUUGUAAAAGACCAAUCCACGUCCAAGACUCGCAAGUUGCAUCCAGGCCUCUUCAAAGAAACUUCACCCCAGAAGGAUUUGGUGCUUAUCUGCGGCCACGCAAAAAGGGAUAUUCGAUGUGGCGUGUUGGCCCCGCUAUUGGAGCAAGAGUUCCUCAAGGUGCUUGAGCGAGAAGGCAUUGCAGGCAAUGUCGAUGUGGGGCUUAUAUCACACAUCGGUGGGCAUGCAUAUGCGGGCAACGUGAUAUUCUUCCCAGCCAAUCCAAGCCGAAUGCCGGUCACGUGGUACGAACGGGUGUUUCCGGAAAACGUGCAAGGAAUCGUGCAGGCGACCAUCAAAGAGGGCAAAAUCAUCAAAGAUUUGUACCGGGGCCAACCUUCCGACCUCUGA